CCUGUGAUGUUAAAGUGCAUUCAAAGUUACCUAAACAGACUGAAAACACAUCCAACAUUAUUGAAAAUGGCAGAAAGAUUACCAGUGUCACUUGGGAAGAGGCCUGCUGAGACUGAUGAGGUGGAUUCCAAAUCAGAAAAACACUCGAAAAAGAAGAAAAAGCAACACGUGGUGCAGCUGGGCAAGUCAGAAGGCUGCAAAAGGAAGAUAGCAAUGCUGGUUGCUUACAGUGGUGCAGGCUACUAUGGGGUACAGAUAAAUCCGGGCUUCCAAACCAUUGAAAGUGAAAUCUUCCCAGCACUAGUGAAAGUUGGGGCUGUGCCGCAGGAUCACAUGAACACGCCAUCAAAGAUGUGGUUCCAGAGAGGUUCUCGCACUGAUAAAGGAGUUUCGGCAGUUGGCCAGAUAUUCUCUUUGAAGAUAACAGUCCUGGUUCCUGAUCUCGUGAGCAAGAUGAAUGAAAUACUACCACCACAAAUCCGAGUCAUUGGAUACACUCGUACAACAAAUGGGUUUGACUCCAAAAAUUGGUGUGAUAGCCGAACUUACACGUACAUGACGCCAACAUAUGCUUUCGCUCCUUUAACCAAGUUUGUUACAGAUGAAUACAGAGUAGAACCGGAGAUCCUAACCAGAGUGAGGACAGUCUUGAGCAGGUUUCUUGGAACUCACAAAUUCCACAAUUUUACUUCAGGGGUGAAGUAUGAACAGGCAUGUGCAUCAAGAUAUAUAAUAAAGUUUGAGUGCUCAGAGCCGUACGUCAGAGAAGGAAUCGAGUUUGUGACCCUAGAGGUGAAAGGGCAAAGUUUCAUGUUGCAUCACAUACGUAAAAUGAUAGGUCUUACGGUAGCCAUUCUCCGGGGCUACUGUGGAGAGUCUACAAUUGAUGCUUCUUGGGGGCCAGACAAGGUCGACAUUCCAAAAGCACCUGGCCUUGGUCUUGUCCUGGAAACA